UACUUUACAAUACUCAAAACCGGCUCGAACACGAGAAUGUAAUAGCAACAAAAUAUUGAAGUUGAGUAUUAUUGACGUUAAACACAGUCCAUGAUUCUCUAUAUAUACCCCUUUACUCCCCCCUUGAAAUUUCCCACAACUAAACUCAACUCAAACACAAACCAUUUUUGGUGUUCUUUUCGUUCUUUUUUGUUUGUGUAAUCAAUCAUGGGUUCCCAAGCUCCAAUGGAGAAUAUCAUGGUGGUUUUUGAUUUUGAUAAAACCAUUGUUGAUGUCGAUACUGAUAAUUGGGUUUUAGAUCAAUUGGGUUUUACUGAUAUGUUUAACCAAUUACUCCCUACUAUGCCUUGGAAUCCUCUUAUGGAUAAAAUGAUGAAGGAGAUGCAUGAGAAAGGAGUAAGUGUGAAAGAGAUAAUAGAAGUGCUAAAAAGAACUCCUAUGCAUGAUCGUAUCAUUCCUGCCAUCAAAUCAGCUUAUGAUGCUGGGUGUGAUUUGAGGAUACUAAGUGAUGCAAACAGAUUUUUUAUCGAAACAAUCCUUGAUCAUCAUGGAAUUAAAGAUUAUUUCACUGAGAUCCAUACAAAUACAGGUUAUGUGGAUGAAGUUGGGCGAGUAAGAAUAUUUCCUCAUCAUGAUUACACAACUACUCCUCAUGGUUGUCCUAACCAACUUUGCCCUCCUAACAUGUGUAAGGGAGUAGUGAUGGAAAAGUUGUUAGCAAAUGAAGGAGACAUGACAUUCAUCUAUUUAGGUGAUGGAAAUGGUGACCAUUGUCCAAGCACAAAGCUAAGAGAAAAUGAUUAUUGUAUGCCAAGGAAGAGCUACCCUCUUUGGGGUGUAAUUCUUAGCAAUCCUAAGCUUAUCCAUGCUAACAUCCAUGGAUGGACCGACGGCGAAGAUCUCGAAAAUGUCCUAUUGGCUAUUGUCCAUGGCUUGAUCUCUAAGAAGCAUGAGAAGAAAAGCUUGGCUAGGUCUGAUUUUAAGCUUAAGGAUAUGCCAAGGCCUUCACGUGAAGUCCUUUCACAAGCACUUCCUGUGUCGCUUUAAAAAUAUAAAAUAUAUUACCUUCGGUUUAAUUAAAUUAGCUGUCGCAUUCUGAUAUUUUGUGGCUUUUUAAAGUUAAAAUUAAGUUUUUUAUUAAAAAAAUGUAUUGUAUGGUGAUAAUUAUUAAUCUAAACCUCACCUGACCUACCCUUCAUUGGAAACUAAGCCAUAGGUGCGGAUUUAAGACGAGGCACCCAAAAGGGAUGAUGAUCUUUUAAGACUUGAAUCCCUUGAAUUAAGUUCGUCCAUAGCAAGAGCUUUGGUUUCAUUAAUGGCAUGUAUUCCGAUUGUGAUAGUGUGUAGUUGAAUGUAUUUUCAAUAAAGAGGAAAGGCAUGAUAGCCAUAUGUUUUUAUUUGCCUCUAUUUUAUAUCGAUUUACUUAUUUACUCUGAUACUUUUGUCAUUAUUUAAA